CCCCCGGCUCAAGCGGGGCGGGGUCGGCGCGCGCCACCGGCGCGGCCUCGCCUGGGCUGCCCGCCCGCACCUGGGAAGCGGCCGCGCCACCCAGGACGAGCGGUGGGAGUGCGGGAGUCGGGGGGCGCCGCGGCCGCGUGUGCAGGUGUGGACGCUUGCGCCCUCGCACAACGCCGGCCCAGGAAGAGCCGAGUGAGAAGUGGCCCGGGCAUGGGUCGAGCCUGUCCGGGCCAUCCUGACUCACCCCCGCACUCGCGGCCUAGCCAGAAUCCGGGGAGGUGCAGGGCCUGGACCCACCCCUGGGGGCGCCCUGCUAGGUCGCCUUGAACUCGGGGGGACGAGGUGGCCAGGGCGAGGUCAGGUGUCCGUGGGGUGCAGGCAAAGCAAAAGGCCUGUUGUCCGGUGCCUAAGUCCCUAGGCUGGGAUGGAUGGACAGGACGCCCUGCCUAGGCUGCUGCUUACUCCCUGGGGUGCACCCACAAAACUACAGCUCACCGACUUCUAGCGCGUGAGCCCCAUCCGAACCGAUACUCCGACCUCUACACCUCUUAAUGACCGGGUGGCCUUCCUGUGGCGAACCUCCUGCCCCAACUCGACCGGUCUGUACUUGGCGCAGGGUCUCCCCGCCUUGUGUAUUUGUCGCAGAUCCUUCCCUCAGAAUCCCCCUGCCGGCACUUAGAAACUAAACCUGCUGCCCAGGUGGGAAAGAUCCGCGAUCAGGAAGUCCCUGGCUGGGGAGCAUGGAGGCUUUGACUGGCUGGCCAGAGGUCAGAGGUCAGCGGCAGAGAAGCGGAUUCCUGUUGAGUCAUUGGCCUGGGUGGGAAAAGCCCCUCCCUCAAGGCUGGCGUUGGCUAGGCCAGGUGGGGUUCCUGGGUACUGGGGAGUGGGCAUCACCUGGUUCUGACCCACCGGUGGAAAGAGGUCAAGGAAUAAGGUCAUCGAGUUCACGGGCAUCUGUGAAGCCAAGCUAGGCCCCCUGCCGUGGUCACUCAGGACCAGUGCCCCUUCCUGACCAGUCCCUGUCUGAGAAGCCUCCUUACUCUCCAUGGGAUUCCCUCACUCCACAUUGGAACGGGACAGUAUUCCUCUAGUGUGUCCCCCUAGCUUAGGAAGUGCUCCCCUCAAAUGCAGUCAGCAGGAGAGUGCCCUCAAACCCUGCAUGGUCAGGACAUCCUGCACAGCCGUAGCCCCACUACUGUGGGUAGAUGCUGUGUGACACCCCACAUCACACUGGGCAGACCCAGGUCCAGUCUGACAGACUUGCACCUUAUACCCCCAUGUGCAGCUUCAGCCUGGACCUGGUGCAGCAGGGAGGGUGCAGCCACCCCGUAUGUACCCGUGUGUGGUAGAGGACAGUGCCCCAUGAAGGGAUUUCAGAACAGCUUUUUUUCAGGCAGUGGCACCGCCUCUGUUGGACGUGGACUGCAUGCCACACGGGAGUGUCCUCCAUCUCCAUGUCACAUUCAGUUAGCCUGUCUCUCCCAGAAAAGACUGGAGAGAUUUCCCAUAUCAUAUACAACAGUCUUGACCCCCAGCAUUCUCAGGCAACUGUCGUCAGCCAGCCCGGGACCUCAUGAAGUCAGCAUUGCCCAACUGCACCUUGGGGAGCAGGGGUCUUAUCUGGUACAACACUUAUCCCAGCCAGGACUACAUCUGGGAACCUGUGAGCUGAGACAGGAUCAGAACCCCACCUCAUCCCAGCCUGAGGAGCAGCAGGGGUGGGGUGAGCAAUGCCUGGGCUCUCCUUGCAGGGUAGGAGGAAAACAUGUAUCCAGUUAGUACAGGGGUCACAGGUAGCUGGGCUCUGGGAUUUCAGUAGCGCCCCCCCAUCCCCGUGGCAGGGGUCACAGGUAGCUGGGCUCUGGGAUUUCAGUAGCGCCCCCCCCAUCCCCGUGGCUUGGGGCCAAUGAGGACUUUCCCUCUACGGAGGCCCUUCUCAGGCAGGUGGGCUGGAGCAGACCACCCAGGAGGAGGAUGUCGGUGGGAAGUUGGGGUGAGGGGGAGAGGUGUGCUUGGAGCCCAGGGUGAGCUCUGACUUUGUCCAGAGUGCAGAGGGGAGCAGGCUGAUGACCAGAAACUUGGAAAGACCCCAGUGGGCUGGGAACCUCGUGAGACAGGAUUGUAAGUUCACAGAGUUCUGAGGAAGCUGCAGCCUGGAUCUUCAAGGGUGUGACGUACAGCCUGCAGGGAGGGGCCACACCCGAGGUUAUGGCCCAGAGGUAUCUAGAAUGGCUCAGUAGCCCGAGAGAGGUCUAGGGUGGGCCAAAGGGAAGGGGACAUUGCUGACAGGAAUAAAGGGCAGAGGUCAGGGUUCAGAGGACUGUGAGGUCAGUGAAUGGGUUGUGGGGCUCAGUGUGUGAGACCCCAGAGAAUAGUUGCAGGUGUGACCAGGGGCUGUGGGUGGGUUCAGCGCCACAUCCUCUGACAGCAGUGACAAGUUCUGUGUACCAAGCUCACCUUGGGCCUAUCAUAGCAUGCAGGUCAACCCUUACAGCUGCAGUUUACAGUGGAGGCUCCUGGCCCCAAAAUGGCCCGUCGCUCUCAGAGCUCAUCACAGGGGGACAACCCCCUGGCACCUGGGUACCUGCCACCUCACUAUAAAGAGUACUACCGCCUGGCGGUGGAUGCACUGGCUGAGGGGGGGCCAGAGGCCUACAGCCGCUUCCUGGUAUCUGAGGGGGCACCUGCCUUCCUGUGCCCUGAGGAGCUGGAGCAUGUGAGCCACCACCUGCGACCCCCACAGCAUGUUGCCCAAGAACCCCCCGAAGGCAGCCCUCCCACUGCAGACAUGGAUGGCUCCUCAGGCACCUACUGGCCUGUGAACUCAGACCAGGCAGUGCCUGAGCUGGACCUGGGCUGGCCCUUGACCUUCGGCUUCCAGGGCACUGAGGUCACCACACUGGUGCAGCCACCACCACCUGACAGCCCCAGCAUCAAGGAGGAGGCUCGAAGGAUGAUCCGCUCUGCUCAACAGGUGGUGGCUGUGGUGAUGGACAUGUUCACGGAUGUAGACCUGCUCAGUGAAGUGCUGGAGGCUGCUGCGCGUCGCGUCCCAGUCUAUAUCCUCCUGGAUGAGAUGAACGCGCAGCAUUUCCUAGACAUGGCCGACAAGUGCCGUGUCAACCUGCACCAUGUGGAUUUCCUGCGCGUGCGCACUGUGGCAGGCCCCACCUACUACUGCCGCACUGGGAAGUCCUUCAAGGGACACGUGAAAGAGAAGUUCCUGCUGGUGGACUGUGCCGUGGUGAUGAGUGGGAGCUACAGCUUCAUGUGGUCCUUCGAGAAAAUCCACCGCAGCCUGGCGCACGUGUUCCAGGGGGAGCUGGUCUCCAGCUUCGAUGAAGAGUUCCGCAUCCUCUUUGCACAGUCUGAGCCAUUGGUGCCCUCGGCGGGAGCGCUGGCCCACAUGGACGCCUACGCCCUGGCUCCGUACACCGGCACCGGGCACCACAUGGGCGGCCAGGUGACCGGGGUGCCAACCCCUUUUUCCUUCCCCAAACGAGCGCACCUCCUAUUCCCACCACCGCGAGAAGAGGGCCUGGGCUUCCCUUCCUUCCUUGACCCCGACCGCCAUUUCCUGUCUACCUUACGCCGGGAGGAUCCCCUGCGGAUGCCAGGGGGUGCCCUGGAGCCGGCGGGGCUGCGGCAGUUGUCGCGGCGGCUGGACGCCGAGGCCGGCCCAAGUGGGGAGCUCGCGGGCACGCGGGGCUUCUUCCAGGCGCGGCAUCUGGAGAUGGACUCCUUCAAGCGGCAUAGCUACGCGGCGGCUGAUGGCGUGGGCGCCAUGGAGAAUUUCGCGGCUGCGCGGCAGGUGUCCCGGCAGACGUUUCUCAGCCACGGUGACGACUUGCGCUUCCAAACCAGCCACUUCCACCGCGACCAGCUCUACCAGCAGCAUUACCAGUGGGACCCGCAGCUCGCGCCGGCACGCCCGCAGGGUCUGUUCGAGAAGCUGCGCGCCAGCCGCCCGGGCUUUGCGGAACCCGACGACUUUGGGAUGGGUGCUGGGCCACGGUUCCCUGAACUCGGCGCAGACGGACACCAGAGGCUGGAAUACGUGCCGUCCACUGCAUCGCGUGAAGUGCGCCAUGGCUCGGACCCCGCCUUCGGUCCUGGACCCCGCGGACUGGAACCCAGCGGGGCUCCACGCCCCAACCUGGGCCAGCGUUUCCCUUGCCAGGCGGCGGCGCGACAGGGCCCAGAGACCGCGCCCGAGGCGGAGCCAGAGCGGAGGGGCGGCCCCGAGGGGCGGGCUGGGUUGCGGCAUUGGCGUCUGGCUUCCUACUUGAGUGGCUGCCAUGGCGAGGACGCGGGGGAUGAGGGUCUACCCGCGCCUAUGGAGGCCGAGGCCUACGAAGACGACGUACUGGUUGCCGGGGGCCGCGUGGCCCCAGGGGAUCUACUUCCCUCGGCUUUCCGCCUGCCUGCGCCCUCCCCGGCCAAGGGCCCAGCGCCUGGCACUGGCGGCGGUGGCGGGGAGGGCCUCGAGCGCCAAAGCGCGGAGGAGGCUGGCCUGGCCAAGCAGGACUCUUUCCGCUCGCGCCUGAACCCGCUGAUCCAGCGCAGCUCACGGCUGCGCUCCUCGCUUAUCUUCAGCGCUUCGCAGGCUGAGGGCGGGGGCGGGGCCACAGCGGCAGCCACCGAGAAGGUGCAACUGGUGCAUAGGGAGCAGGCAGUCAAUGAAACCCUGGGCCCCAGCGGCGAGACCACGCGCUCCGCCACCUCCGCCAAGGUGGCCGAGCUCCUGGAAAAGUACAAAGGCCCGGCGCGUGAUCCUGGUGGCGCGGGAGGCGCAGUCACUGUCUCUAGCCAGAGCAAGGCUGUCGUGUCCCAGGCGUGGCGGGAGGAGGUGGUGGCGCCAGGCGACGGGGGGAGCGACCGCCGGAGCCUAGAGAGCUGCCUGCUGGACUUGCGAGACUCCUUCGCACAGCGGCUGCACCAGGAGGCUGAGCGGCAGCCGGGAGCCGCCUCCCUCACCGCCACUCAGCUGCUCGACACCCUGGGCCGCGGUGGCGCCGACAGGCUGCCCUCCCGCUUCCAGUUGCCCCAGGGCCGCACCUCCUCCCCGCAAGGGCGAGACAGCCUCCCACAGGAAGGUCUCGGGCUGCACCCAGCGCCCCUCCCCGAGCCAAAAGGGAGCCCCACGCCUGGGUUUCCCACUCGCAGAGGCAGUCCAACCGCCGGAUUCACUGAGCAGAAGGGGAGCCCCACCUCAGCCUAUCCAGACCCCAAGGGAAGCCCCACUGGGGCCUAUCCCGAGCGCAGGGGCAGCCCGGUGCCUCCCGUGCCCGAGCGCAGGGGCAGCCCGGUGCCCCCCGUGCCCGAGCGCAGGGGCAGCCUCACCCUUACCUUCUCCGGGGAGUCUCCAAAGACUGGGUCCGCGGAGGAAGCGGUUGGCGGCCCCAUGGAGGUCCUGCGCAAGGGCUCCCUGCGCCUUCGGCAGCUUCUGAGCCCCAAGGGUGAGCGGCGCCCAGAGGAUGAGGGUGGCUUUCCAGCGCCGCAGGAAAAUGGGCAGCCCGAGAGUCCCCGUCGGCCAUCGUUGGGUCGCGGUGACAGCUCGGAGGCUGUCAUUGGAGAGGAGCGGGUCCCGCGGCCGCGCAUAGCCUCAGCGACAGCCAAUGCCUUGUACAGUAGCAAUCUGCGGGAUGACACGAAAGCUAUUCUGGAGCAGAUCAGCGCCCAUGGCCAGAAGCACCGUGGAGUCCCCGCCCCAGCCCCUGCCCCUGUCCCGGUCCACAGCAGCCCUGAGCUAAGCCACCCACCAGCUGCCGGCGGCCUAGCCCCUGACAUGUCCGACAAGGACAAAUGUUCAGCUAUCUUUCGCUCGGACAGCCUGGGGACACAAGGUCGGCUGAGCCGCACGCUGCCAGCAAGCAUGGAGGAGCGCGACCGGUUGCUGCGCCGCAUGGAGAGCAUGCGCAAGGAGAAGCGGGUCUACAGCCGCUUUGAGGUCUUCUGCAAAAAGGAGGAGGCCGGCGGCCUCGGGGCAGGGGAGGGCCCAGCUGAGGAGGACACCAGGGACAGCAAGAUGGGCAAAUUCAUGCCCAAGAUCCUUGGUACUUUCAAAAGCAAAAAGUGAAUCUCCUAGCCCACCAGGCCAGGGCCACAGGGCCACCAUCAGGCAGAGCCCCUGGUCCUCACACUAAAGCAGUUUGGAACCUGGCUGAGCACGGCCAGAGCUCAGCUUCACUGGGGCUCACCCGCUGGAUGCUCUGCCUUUCACUCAUCCUCUGCUCUUGGGGUUCCAGCCCCAGCUCUCCCCGUGCCUUACUCGCCCAGCUCCAGCCUCUGGGGCCUCAGCCUCCCCUUUGCCCAUCUGCCUCCACCAAGUCUGGGCUUCAGGCCCCCUUUGGGCCUGCAAUCGCCUCAGCCCCCAUUUUCCGGGGCCCCCCUCUGUGCCUCAGCCCCCCAUCUUCCGGGGCUUCUGUCUCAGGGCCUCUUUGUCUCAGGGUUCCCUCUGCUCAGGCUUCCUGGCUAUUUUGCUUUUUGCUCUGCUGCCCCUUUGCCGUCUCCCGUCAGCCCUGCCCUCUUUCUGGGCCUUCCUUCUCCUCACCCGUUGUCUCUGUCUCCGGUGGUUGUGAUCCCACUUCCUCCCCUACUUGGAUUCCUCCUUGCAGCCACCUUGGCACCCUUCUCGGUGGCCCAUCCCUUGGCGGCAGGGUGGUGGGCUGGUUGCAGACAGCUUGUGAGGGAGAAGUGGGGCGGGACCAGAGGGUGUGCCACGCACAGGAAGCGGACCUAGCCACGCCCCCAGGAAAGCUCUGACCAGUGAGAGCAGCAGGUUUGCAGCGCAGUGGAGCCAGGUCUGAAUGGAUGGUGCUCUGGAGGGGUCCACCCUGACACACAUGUCCACAAGCGCCAUCCUCAGCCACUCCGGAAGGGGGCUGGAUGUGGAGGGCUUAUGCUUGAACAGGUGAGGGCCAAGGCACCUCAGCCCCAGCCUGCUGCUUUGAGGGGUGCUGGCGCCCUGGGGUGGGAACUGUCCUUGCACUACAGAUCGAGCAGACCUCAGCUGCACCCUGUGCAGGACCCUUACCUCUGUCACCAGCCUACACAAUCUGUCCACAGUUCCCUGCUUACCUUUUUUUGUCUUUUUCACCUCCAGAGAGUAAUCUUGAUCUGGCAAGUCCCCCACUGCAGGUGCUAUCGUGAAAUUAGUGUUUGCUAUUUCUUUUCAAGUUUUUUUUUUAAGUAUAAAGAAUCCAGGUGCCCAGAUUGGGGAGGGAUUUAAGAAAUAAGGCUACUGAGCAAAAGCAGCAGUCCUGACUGCAUAGCUGGAGAAGGGAGGGCGGUGGGGCUGGGGACACUUUUGCUCCUGGACAGCUCACAGGCUGGUUACCAAAUCCACCUCCCAGGUAAGGGUGACAGCAGGGCUUUUGUUCAGGUGGAAAGAGUCACUGGGGAGCAUAUCUUGGCCUGGUUAUGCUUGCCAGCAAGUUUGUCUCCCUGCAGCCCAAUGUGACACCAUUGCUGUGGGGAGCCCUCCAAGCCACCUGUCUGGAUCCUCCACAUUGUGCUGAAUAAGACAUCUCCUCAAAUGUGACUCGGCGCGCUUCAGCGUUAACAAUAAAACAAUGUGCAAGAUA